GUUGUGGCUUAGAUUUCGUGGGGGGAUUUACAGGAGAAACCAUCGGAAAUUCUGACUCUAAUCGGGAUUUGAAGGCCAUCCUCGAGAAGGUUUUACCGUUGAGAGAACCGCGAAGAUGAGGUGGCUGGCAGUCCUGGCAGUGGCGAGUGCGGUGGCCCUCUGCGGGUGCCAUGUGCUGAGUGCCGAUGACCAAGGGGAGCUGUGGGCGGUGCUGGUGGCAGGCUCCGCGUCGUGGAUGAAUUACCGCCACCAGGCGGACGUGUGUCACGCCUACCAGAUCCUCCACCAGCACGGCGUCCCGGACGACCACAUCAUCGUCAUGAUGGCGGACGACAUCGCCAACAGCAGGGAGAACCCGACGCCCGGCGUGAUCAUCAACCGCCCCGACGGACCCAACGUGUACAAGGGCGUCCCUAAGGAUUACACCGGCAUGGAUGUCACUCCCGAGAACUUCCUGAAGGUCCUUAGUGGCGACGCUGCAGGACUCCAGGGCGUCGGGUCCGGGAAGGUCCUCAAGAGCGGCCCCAACGACCGCGUGUUCAUCAACCUGGUGGACCACGGGGCGCCCGGCAUCUUUGGGUUCCCGCGCAGCUUCCUCCACGCCCGGAACUUCUCGGAUGCCAUCCUGGACAUGAGUCGCAACAAGCAGUACAAGGAGAUGGUGAUUUAUCUCGAGUCAUGUGAGUCUGGCUCGAUGUUCCAGAAUCUUCUUCCUGAUGACAUUAACGUGUAUGCCUUGUCGGCCGCCAAUGCGACGCAACCGUCCUACGCCUGCUACAUGGACGAGCACCUCCACACCUUCCUCGGGGACGUCUUCAGCGUCAAGUGGAUGGAGGACACGGACAGGGAGGACAUCACGAAGGAGAGUCUGGACAAGCAGUUCCAUCUAGUGAGGAAAGAAGUCAACGUCUCUCACGUGCUGCAGUGGGGGGACAAGGCUAUAGGCAAGGAAAUGGCUUCAAACUUCCUCGGCAGCAAGGAGUCGGAGCUGAGUGACUUCGGGCCUUUCCCGCCCUUCAACGAUCCGUGUUUGAAAACGUCGGUCGACAGCACCAACGUAUCCGUCGCCAUCAUCCAGGGGCGCAUGGCCUCCGCCCAGAACGAGACUGAGGCCACUUAUUGGGCGCAACAAAUGGUCCAGCUCCAGCAGAAUCGCACGUGGGUGACGGAGACCAUGUACCGGGUGGCGCUGAGCGUGACGGGGAACGAGGACGCGGCGAACCGCAUGAUGAGCGACCGCCGUCACACCGUCACUCGCUGGCUGUGUUACGAAGAGUCCGUCGAGGCUUUCCACCGGCACUGCUUUAACCUGGGAGAGAAUCCGUAUGCGCUGCGUGUCCUCCAGCCUGCGAUGAGCCUGUGCGAACACGGGUACACGGCGCCGAGUUCGCCAGCGCCGCCCGGGCCGUUUGCACUCACGCCCCCAUCACGGGCAUCGUCUGAGCCUGUCGGUCAUAGGCUGACAGAGGACGCUGAACGACUGCAGUUAACGGCUUGAAUGUAAAAUCUAAUAAAGCAUUUCUUUAAAAAAUCAUUGUUUCGCAACAGAAUCGAAAUGUAGCAGUCAAAAUAUGAGGAACCGCCCAAUAUCAUCACAAUUACGUGUGUGUGGUGUGUGUGUGUGUGUGUGUGUUGUGUGUGUGUGUGUGUGUGUGUGUGGUGUGUGUGUGUGUGGUGUGGUGUGUGUGUGUGUGUGCGACUACUGUAUGAUCAUGAUAUGUACACAUUCUCCUCUUUCUUGGUCUCCUGACGAAUUGUCUACAAUAAAGCCUUAAAGAUUUG